AUUGUGUAACAUCCUAUGGCAGUGAAAGCUGGGAUGCCUGGAACUCCUCACAUGACUAGUUUAUGCAUGAACAGCUGGAUUUGAUCACUAGAAAACCCACUGGUUGGAGCAAACAAGCAUUCUUCACUUAGUGUUUUCCAAAGGCUCGCUGUGCUAAUGAGAUUUUGCCACAGUAACCAAUUUCAAUUGCUGUGCCCCCCGACAGAUUCCAACUCUUUGUGCUGUACUGUAAAAUCGACCACAGUUACCCCAAGGUUUCUUGGGUGAUCUUUUCUUCCUCUUUGUUUCCCAGCUGUCCCUGCCACCCCCAGUGACCUGGUAGCAUCAUGACAUCUCAAGCCAGCUCCUUGUUAGUUCUCUGCUUUAUGAGUUUUCUUCUUCAGCCACAAGAUGCCCAAGACCCAGAAAUGAUUCAAUACAUCUACCGACGCUUUCAGAUCUUAGAGCGAGGGCUGGAAAAAUGUCGCCAAGAUACAAGGGCAUAUAUUCAAGAAUUCCAGGACUUCUCAAAGAAGGUUUCUGCGGACAUGGAGAGAUGUCAUCUUUAUAAGACUGAAUAUAAGAAUGAAGUGGAUCACUUGGGGGGAAGAGUUGAAAGAGCCCAACGUGAGAUUGACUACCUAGAAUACAUUAGGACAUCUGAGACUUGUAUUGAAGAGGAUAAGACUGUGAUGGAAAAGCAGAUUAAAGACUCUGAAGAAGAGCAAAAGAUCAAGACUCUCCUCAACACAAUCUGUGACAACAUGUUGAUGGGCAUAAAGUCAAUGAAGAUUACAAAGACAACCAGAGACACGCAUGGUUCUUGGAUGAGAGAUGCUAGCAAUAAUUCUCCCAAGAUUUAUUUCUUAAGUGGCUCCAGGAACAACACCGUAUGGGAAUUUGCCAACAUGAAGGCAUUCAUGGAAGGCAAGCCCACACCCCGGAAGUUUGUCCUGAUGUUGUCCUGGCAGGGGACUGGACAAGUGAUCUCUCAAGGCUUCUUGUUCUUCCACAAGCACGACACCCCCAAUGAGAUCAUCAAAUACAACCUCCAAAAAAGGAGCGUAGAGGAUCGGAUGCUCCUCCCAGGGGGCCGCGGCACCCCUGUCUAUCAGCAUGCCCCUUGGACUCAGGUCGACCUGGCUGUGGAUGAGCAUGGACUCUGGGCCAUCCACACAGAGUUAGACCACCUCAUCAUCACCAAGAUAGACCCUGAAACAAUGGCCGUGGAGCACAGCUGGAUCUCCUCCUGCAGCAGCAGAGAUGCUGAGGCAGCCUUUCUCGUGUGUGGGGUCCUCUAUGUGGUAUACAGCGGGAGCCGCCAAGGCUCCCACAUCAUCAACUGUGUCUACGAUGCCCUGGGGAACAUCAGCAAGCUGGACAUUCCCGCCUUGGUCUUCCCCAAGCGGCAGAGGAUCCACUCUGUGAUCCACUACAAUCCCCAGGAGAAACUGCUCUAUGCUUGGAACGAUGGAAGCCAAAUCAUCUACAAGCUCCAGACCCAAAGAAAACAGGCAGGACCAUAGGAAAUGUGGCCGGGGAAGCCAGGUUUGUUUCUGAGCGACAGUUGUUGACUAGAGGAGAUUGUUAAAGGAUGCUCCGGGCUUCAGGGCUCUGAAUGAGAAAGCAGUAAACAGAUAUAUCUUCCCUCUAAAAUUAUUUAGACAUAAAGUCUAGAAGUAAGGCUGCAUAUAUAAGCCAUCUUUUUUUUUCUUAAUUGAACUUAUUAUUUCAUUGGAACUUCCAAAAGGAAGCCAUCUCUACCAAUGUAGAUGCCAACAUACUCCAGAAUUGGGUCCCAAGAUGGAGCGAGUAGGGUUCCCUCAAUUCCCAUCAUUAAUCACAAAUCUAAACUCCCUCAGAGUCCAUGUAUUUACAUACACACACUUUGCUUAUUUCUUUAACUUCCUUAGAGAUAUACAGAUAUACUGCAUCCUUAGAGAUGCCGUAAUGGGAUCACUCAGUCAAAGAAUAUGAACCAUUUAAUCCCCUUUUCAUAUAAAUUAUGUUGAAAUACUUCUUUCGUGGCUCUACCAAUAACAUAUCAGUACACCUAUAUUUUUAAUAGCCCCUCCAAUACUAGGGAUCCCCAUCUAUCAAUUUGUCUGCGUGUUCAUCUGCAUUUCUCUUCCUGUAAGUAGUCUGGAGCAUGUUUUGAUUUCAUUUUUUGAAAUUUCCAAUUCUAUAGAAAAUGGCUUGGCUGUGUAUCUAAUAAGGAGCUACCAUAAUAUUCUGCUUGUACUUCUCUCUCAUAUUCCUUAUUACACUCUACCGCACACUUUAGCUAUUUGUAUUCAUGAGAUCCUUGAGGGCAGAAACUGUGUUUUCAACUCAAUUCAAUAAAUUUCUAUAAAGCA